ACUUGCCCAUGAAAUAAUCCAUCUCCUUCUAUUUUUGUACUAAAGUAGGCCUGACCUGAAAUAGUCACUAAAGCUACAAUGUAUUUGAUCGCAAAAUUACUUUCCAUGUUAUUCCAAACACUGCUUAUUUUCAUAUUUCUAUCUUCUACAACUUUCUUCAUCAAUUCUUCUGCUUCCGCUGCUGCGACUGCAGUCUCUGCUGAUGCAAAGAGUGAUGAACUAGCUAAAGGUGGGAAGGAAGCUGAUUCUCUCUUAAAAUGGAAAGCCAGUCUCGACAACCAAAGUCAAUCUGCUUUAGGUUCUUGGGUUGGCACUAGGCCUUGCAAUUGGAUUGGGGUCACUUGUGAUAGCUUCGGAAGUAUCACCAAUUUGAGCCUCAAUACUUUAGGUUUAAGAGGUACGCUUCAUAGUUUCAAUUUUUCAUGCUUUCCCAACCUUAUAAGCCUUGAGAUUAGGAACAAUUUAUUUCAUGGGACUCUUCCAUCCCAUAUCUGUAAUCUCUCCAAAAUUACCUCAUUGGAUUUGUCUAGUAAUUACCUCACAGGAAAUAUUCCAUCUGAGAUAGGUAUGUUGGCAGAUCUUAACACCUUAAUUCUAUCUGUAAAUCUACUUAAUGGCCACAUCCCCCAUGAAAUUGGGAUGCUUAGUUCUCUUUCUGAACUAUAUUUGGAGAAAAAUGAACUCACAGGUUCAAUCCCUACUUCCAUGAUAAACUUGAAAAAUCUGUCCAUUCUCUACUUGUGGGGUAAUAAACUCUCUGGCUCCAUACCUUCAGAAAUUGGGUUCUUAAAAUCUCUAAAAGAACUGGGGUUGUCAAGUAAUGUUCUAUCCGGAUCAAUCCCUCCUUCCAUUGGAAAAUUGAGAGAGUUAAAAAUUCUUAAGCUUUUUCACAACAAACUCUCAGGAUCCAUCCCCCAUGAAAUUGGGAUGCUUAGUUCUCUUUCUAAACUCUAUCUUUAUGAAAACAAUCUUACGGGUUCAAUCCCUACUUCAAUAGGAGAACUUAAAUCCCUUAAUAAAUUGAAGUUGUUUUCUAACCAACUCAGUGGUUCCCUGCCUCUGGAAUUAAAUAAUCUUACCCAUUUGAAGGCAUUGCAUUUGUCUUGGAAUGGAUUCACUGGUCAUUUGCCAGAUGAUGUUUGCCUUGGAGGGUUACUUGAAAAUUUCACUACUUCCUUCAAUCAUUUCUCAGGUUCCAUCCCAAAAACCAUCAGAAACUGUACUAGCUUAUUCAGACUUAGGCUUAAUUGGAAUCAAUUAACUGGGAAUAUUUCAGAAGAUUUAGGGAUAUACCCACAUUUGAAUUACGUGGAUUUGAGUAACAAUGGAUUGCAUGGAGAGCUCUCAUGGAAAAUGGGACAGUGGAAAAACAUCACAACCAUAAAUUUUUCGAACAAUAAUAUCUCUGGUAGCAUACCAUUUGAGCUUGGAAAUGCUACUCAAUUACAAUCGAUUGACCUUUCCUGGAAUCAUUUGCAAGGACAAAUUCCUAAAGAAUUGGUGAAGUUGAAACGGUUGUUCAGAAUUUUUCUUAAUAACAAUAAUCUUUUUGGCAUUGUUCCUUUAGAUUUGAAGGUGCUAUUUAAUCUGGCUGUACUUAAUUUAGCAACAAAUAAUCUAAGUGGUUCAAUUCCUCGACAACUUGGAGAACUUCCAUGUUUAUUGAUCUUGAAUUUGAGUGGAAAUGAAUUUACAGGAAGUAUUCCAUUUGAGUUAGGGAAUCUAAAUUUUCUAGAAGUUCUUGAUCUUAGUCACAAUUUGUUGAUGGGACAAAUACCACAACAACUUGGGCAAUUGAGAACUCUAGAAGUGUUGAAUCUCUCCUAUAACAUGCUUUCUGGUAUGAUUCCAACCAGAUUUGAUGAUUUAUGGAGCUUGACUGCUGUGGAUAUCUCCUACAAUGAAUUAGAAGGUCCUAUUCCCAAUGUUAAAGCCUUCUGCGAGGCUCCAUUUGAGGCAUAUAGAAAUAAUAAAGGCUUAUGUGGUAAUGCCAGCAGUCUAAAGGCUUGUACGUCUAUCAAAAGUGGUAAAACCUCUCAGACAAAGACCAAAAAAGUUAUGAUUCUUAUUUUCCUUCUUAUUUCGGGCACUCUCUGUUCGGUGUUCUUGAUUGGAGGUCUCUUGAUUCUUCCUCGACUUAGAAAAAGAAAAGCCCAAUCAAGGGAAUCAAAAGAUAAAGAUAUGCUGGUGAUACCUGGUCAUGAUAAGGAAUUACAGUAUGAAAAAGUCAUUGAGGCCACUGAGGAUUUCAACUCCAAAUACUGUAUUGGAGCAGGUGGAAGUGGAGCCGUUUACAUGGUUGUGCUGCCAUCGGGUCGAGUGCUUGCUGUGAAAAAACUUCAUCCAUUACAGGAUGACAACUUAUGGAACUUGAAAGCUUUUGAAAGAGAGAUUAAAGUGUUGUUAGACAUUCGGCAUCGAAAUAUUGUGAAGUUACAUGGUUUUUGUUCACAUUCAAAGCACUCUUUUUUGGUUUAUCAGUUCGUGGAAAGGGGGAGUUUGAGAAGCAUUUUAACAAGUGAAGAGCAAGCAACAGAAUUGGAUUGGAUUAAAAGGCUAAAUGUUGUCAAAGGGGUGGCCAAUGCUUUAUAUUAUAUGCACCAUAAUUGUCCUUUUCCAAUCAUUCAUUGUGACAUUUCCAGCAAUAAUAUUCUUUUGGAUUCAGAAUACGAGCCUCGUAUAUCUGAUUUUGGCACAGCUAGGGUUUUAAUGCCUGACUCAUCCAACACAACCUCAUUUGCUUGUACCAUUGGAUACACAGCUCCAGAGUUGGCCUACACAAUGCAAGUGAAUGAAAAAUGUGAUGUGUAUAGUUUUGGGGUGAUAACAUUGGAGUUACUAAUGGGAAAGCAUCCAGGCAACCUCAUCUCAUCUCUUUGGUCAUCAACAUCUUCCUUAUCACUGAAUGAUCAGCAUGAAUUGCUAAAGGAUGUGAUUGACCAGCGUCUUCCACUUCCUCAAAAUCAAGUUGCAGAGGGUGUUGUCUACAUUACCAUGUUAGCAUUUUCAUGCUUGCAUGUCAAUCCCAAAUCUCGGCCUACAAUGCAACAAGUUUCCUCGAAGCUGAUUCCUAAGUAUCCUCCAAUUUCAAAGCCAUUCUCUACAAUAAAAUUAGAAGAACUAUUUCCCAAAAGUAGUGCCGACAUUUGAAUAUUUUCUUGCAGAUCUGUAUAGAUGUGUCUGUUGACUGUUCCUUCCCUUCUAUAUUUUCUCCCUUUGUAUUAUAUUUCUUUGGCUUGUGUUUCGUUUUAUUAACUAGUACUAGAUUUACUAGUUGAUUUACCCCAUGUGUGCUGUGGUGCUGAUGGUUUUAUUUUAGAUUCUGACUCUAAAAUUGCAACGUCCUGGGUUUUAUGUCCGAGUAAUGGUCCUUGGCGUCUAGCAGCAAUCAUCAAUUCCAUUAUCAAUAAUUCGUCAACUGUGCCACGUGUAGUGAUCCAACGCAUUUUCUAGAAGCAUCGCAAUCUGAAGAUUUCUUUGCUUACUUUUGAGUUCUUGCCUUCAGUUUUCAAUGUUAAGUUGUGUGUUUUGUUGUUUUUUGGUGGUGCUGUGAAGUUUUGUGUGUUUGUAUUUGUGCUAUUUUCAUUGGAAUUUCUAUUCACUGUGCUGUUGGUUGUUUGUA